AUGAGUUAUCUUCCCAUUUCCAAAGACAGUGGAAACCACGAUGUUGUGGGAAAUCCAGAUCUGGAGCUUCGAGAACAAGAUAGAUGGCUUCCCAUAGCCAACGUGGCUCGACUCAUGAAGAGCACUCUUCCUGCUACUGCAAAGGUCAGUAAAGAUGCCAAAGAAUGUAUGCAAGAAUGUGUCUCAGAGUUUAUAUCAUUCAUCACAAGUGAAGCUAGCGAUAAAUGUCUCCGAGAAAAACGGAAAACAAUCAAUGGAGAGGACGUGCUAUACUCCUUGCAUGAUUUGGGAUUUGAGAAUUACGCAGAGGUCUUGAAGAUUUAUUUGGCCAAAUACAGAGAACAACAAGCUAUGAAACAGGAACGUGGGGAGGCAAAGAGUGCGCGGAAGCCUUCAAGAAAGGCUAAAACCCCAGAUCUUGGAGACGAAGGUGAACCUGAAGACCAUGUUCCGAGUCAUAAUCCAGAAGGUGCACCCAUUCAUGAGGUUUCUUAUAGCGCGCCCAGUCCAAGAAAAGAUCUACAAUCUCCAGAUUUUUUUCAACAGUACGAUACUGGAAAUCAAGAAGAUACAAACGAGCUUGGUACAUCACCACAUCCUAAUGCAGAGAGCAUUAAACAUGAACUCGAUAUCUCUGGUAACUUGCUGAUAGACGAAAAGGAGCACUAUCAAUAUGGUGAUUUCAUAGGAGAUGAGAGCGUAGACGCUGGAAAAGACCACCAAAAAGACGAAGGAAUUGACCCUUUGUCAAAACUCGAGGGAGGAGAGAAUGACAUAGAUACUUUGGGUGUUGGUAUUGAAGAGAGGAACUAUUUCUAG